UCAAUCAGGACUGUGUUCACGUAUAUCUGUCCUGAACGUGGGCGAUUCAAAGGGAGUUUAUGAUGGAACAGUUGCAUAGGCAGAGGGUAACUUUUAGAACUGUUUAAGUUGAUUGCUUUGUAACACUAAAGGACUGGUGUACAAACAUGGUAAGGUUCCAGUAAAUGUACACAUUCCCAUUAUCGUAAGAAUAAAGUCGACAAAUAUGCAGCCAUUAAAGUGAUGGGUCCAUGGCAAAUCUUUGAAUCCCCUGAUUUGGCAUAUGCGAUAGGUUCACCAGGCUAAAGUAGGUGAAUGCUACCUGGAAGUUGCAUCAGAAUUAAGUGAUAUGAAAAUGGUAGGAACAGCGACCCAACAGAUUUCCAAAACUCUCAAAAGCUUGCAAGAACUUGACAUUACAUUGGAAAUUCUUGUGGAAACCGGAGUAGGCAAAACCGUAAAUGGCUUCCGAAAACAUACUGAAGUAGGAGAUUUUGCAAAAUCUAUUGUUCUUCAGUGGAAGAGGUUGGUUCCUGAGGUUAUUGAAAAUGAUCAGAAGUCUAUGCCUAAGCAUGAACAAAAAACUACUUUAGAAAGCAAGCCAGUGAUUUCAAAACUGAAUAAAAAAGCUGUGGUGGAAAAGUUGUUGCGCUCAGAAGACCAUGAUCACUGGAAUGAAGAGUUGCCUAAAUCUCAAGCUGGUACCCACAAAAAUUCCUCCAAUAAAACAAAGAACAUGAAACUGUAUGAAAAGAAACCUGAAUCAAAAGAGAUAAAACCCAAGAAGGUCCUGCAAAGCAAAGAAUGCGAAGUGGAGAAAGCUCAUUCAAAAGGUGAAAAGUCAAAAAGUUUCCACUUCUCUGAGAAAAAGACUGAAAAAUAUUCUCAUUCAUCUAACAAUGAAAAGAAAAAGGUCUCUAUAAGGAAUGAAGAGAGCCCGCCUAAGCAAAGCAGGCAUAAUAAAAAUGAUGUAGGUCAUGGCAGCUUUCCGAAAGGUAUGGAGAAAACAGCAGAGAAUUUGUCCGGUGAGGAAUUUGACACUCCCGCUAUGUCUUUUGAGUCAUAUCUCAGUUAUGACCAAGUCUCCAGUAAGCGGAAAAAAAAGUCAAAUCUGACAAAUGAACCUCCUAAAAAGGUACAGGUAUGCAAGCAGUAUUGCAAUCUGAGGCGCUCCAGUUCUGAAGGACAAAAUACAACAAUGAAGGAAGAGGAUAUCGAAACAGAUACCAAGAAAAGAUGUUUUGAAGAUUUGCUUAGUAUACCGCUACCAAAGAUUUUACCAGACUACGAUUUGCUUCCUUCUCCACCUCAUUCAGAUGAAAGCAAAGGGAAUAUACCAGAGCCUGUGGCUGAAAUGAAUCCCGAAACAAAGGGUUUUACUGGAAAACGUCUCAACUCUAAAAUGUUGGUGUAUUCUGGUUCCAAGACACUUUAUCUUCCAAAGUUGCUUACACUAUACCAGCAAUGUCUACGUGUGCUUCAAAACAAUAUUGACUCAAUCCAAGAAGUUGGAGGUGUACCGUUUGAUAUCCUAAAGCCAGUUCUUGAGCGUUGUACUCCAGAGCAGCUUAAUCGAAUUGAAGAAUGUAAUCCAGACUUUAUGGAGGACUCUGACUACCUGUGGAAGAAACACUGUGAAAGGGACUUUAAAGGCCACCGGCUCUUAGAAUAUGAGUCUUCACGAGAGAUGUAUUUAAGGCUCUUCAGUGAAAGAGAGGAAAAGUUAAAAAUGAUAACUCAAAAUAUCAGUUCACUAUACUCUGGAAAGCCUAAAGGUCGGCAAGUAAAACUCGCUUACAUUCAUGGAGAAGCCAAACCUCCCCGAUAUAUCCGUCGCAAGCAAGAGAUUAAUGGAACGGCUGGACCUAUUGUACAGCCUCAUCCCAUUGAGAAACUCAAGUUACAAAAACAAGAGUCCAAGGAAUCCAGUAUUUCAAAUUCAAAUUCAAAUGUUCCUGUGAGCAAUAGCCAGCAUGGAGGACCAAGUCAAGACACAAAAAAGAUUGUAAGGAAGAUUGCCCCAAUGAUGGCCAAAUCAAUGAGAGCUUUCAAGAACAGAGUAGGGCCAAGAUGAGAUUUGGCGCCUUGUUAAACGGUUGCUAUGAUGAGGUUAAGAUAAAAAAUAAUAAUAAAAAAAAAGAAGAAACUGUUUGUGUUUUGUUCGUUUGUCAUGCUUGGCAUUUUGAAAAAAUGUUAAUCUAUGCAUGAAUUAGUAUAUAUUGUAUUAAAAUAAAACACAAUAGUGGAGCUGUCAUAA